CGGCUGAAUGGCCUUGUGCAUUCAGUAGAAGUGCUGAAACAGGCCGGUUACGUGGUCGAGAAGCUCACAGAUGAGCAGUUCAACAAAAAGAAACGGUGUGUAACAUGCGGUGCCCGAAGUGAGUUGCAGACGAGAAGAAGAAGUAGAAGGAGGAAGAGCUCUUCAGCAGCUGGAAACCCAACCUCAAGCGACUCUGGCAACGGCCCGAAGGUCCUACUCUGCAACUUUUACCCCGGCACGCAACUGAGAACUGACACGGUUGUUUUCGAACAGAAGUGGACAUGCUGCGGCAAGCACGUCAGCGAGGGCCCUUGCACGGGAAAGGCGGACCAUGACGCGCCAGUCGACCAAGACCACGCGACCAAUGAGCGACGCUGGCAGUUCCAUACCACCUCUCGAAAGUUUCUGCCCAGCCAUCGCCUGGCAGUCGCCAUCGAUUGUGAGAUGAGCACCGCCGUCGACGGCGAUUCCGAGCUCAUCCGUCUCACCGUGAUCGACUACUUCUCCGGCGAGACACUCAUUGACGGCUUGGUCUGCCCCGACAUCGCCAUGCUGCACUACAACACUCGCUGGUCGGGCGUCAAGAAAGCCGACAUGGAGAGGUCGCUCCGCCAGGGCGAGUGCAUCAUGGGCCGGGACGCUGUUCGAAGGGCAGUCUCUGAGUACGUGGGCCCCUCGACCAUCGUCGUCGGUCACAGUGUCCAGAACGACUUGGCCGCGCUCCGUUGGAUCCACCAUCGCGUGGCCGACUCUCACAUUAUUGAGUCGUCCGUGAGGAAGGAGGCCGAAUUGAAGGCGGAGAAGGAGAGGGAGAAGAAGAAGCCGCAAGGAGCGGGGCAAGAGAAAGGGAAGAAAGUAGGAGACGAAAAGCCCAAGACGGGAGGAGAGCUGGCCGAGGCCAAGGACAGGAAACGGUGCGUCAAGCAUCACCAUGAUGGAACAUCGCCCAAGGCUCUUGCUAUGAAGCACUUGGGGCGGGCCAUUCAGGUGGGUAACAAGGGUCAUGACAGCUUGGAGGACGCGCUCGCUGCCAGAGACCUAAUUCAUGCCAACAUUAUUGGCCUCAUCAACUCCCCCCGCUUCGCUGAACUGAUUUAG